AGAAGACAAAUUAUUUAUUAACUUUGUAUAUUAUUUCGAAGUCGUAUAUUUUAAUGAAAUUUUAAAAUCAUACGUUGAAACGAUAAGCAAGGUGAUUAGAUGAUCUUAAUGAUAUGAUGUGAAACGUAAGCAAAGAAGAAAGUUCGAAGACACUGUGCGGGGGAGAGAGAGAGAGAGAAAGAAAGACCAGUGCCAUCCCUCGGAUCAGGAAGCAUUUUCCAAGGCCACGUGGACCACGUUGGGAGCCCUACAAAAUAUGUGCCAGUAUGUCCGAGAGAGGCAUGCAAGAAGCAGCUUGCGAGGAGGAGAUCGAGAAACAAGCUUCUCUUUACGUAUUCCCGGGUGUAUCUCGUCAACAACAACAACAACAGCAGCAACAGCAACAACAGCAACAACAACAACAACUUCCAGGGAGUACCACGAUAUCAUCCCUUCAAGUUACACCGUCAUCGGCACCAAUAUUUGGUUCUAUGAGAAACAACGAUGUCGGGGAGAUCAAGGAUAUCGAAGAUCUUUCAUCUCGUUCAAGAAGAAGACCUUAUUCGAAGACCCAUGCGAGAUCUGCCAGUCAUGGUGGUGUUCUGGCAAGUUCGAGCGUUACAUCAAACUCGUUACCUUAUCAAACGCCUUGGCAAACUGGUGGAUCGUAUUUAGGACCUUUACCAUCAAUAACUGGACCGAUUCGUCCCUCGGCAUUGAAAAAACCAGGACAUCAAAGAGCUUUCAGUCAAGGACAGGUGGUAGAUGUUCAAAACAGUCAACUUCCUGUUACUGGACACAGUCGAGUUGGCUCGAGAACAGAUUUCAUUUUACCACCUGGACACAGAGAGGAAUCUCGGCCUUCAACAGCUGGGAAAGUGCCCUCCUUUCGUGGACACUCCAGACAAGCCUCCAGAUCGGAAUCAAUCUACACAAUAAGACGUAGCGCGGCUCCACCAUUGUGGAGAAGAAUUUGGGCACGUUGUUUUGGACCUUUACCUGAGGAACCUCGAUUAAGGACGAUCGUACCUAAUCAUUUGGUACCACCUAAAACUCCCAAGAGUCAGCAUCCAAAUGGUGCAAGAGUAGACAAUAGGGUACGCACAACGAAGUAUACGACCCUGAGCUUCCUACCACGUAACUUGUUGGAACAGUUUCACCGUGUUGCUAAUUUAUACUUCAUAUUAAUCGUCCUACUUAAUUGGGUACCGGCUAUCAAUGCCUUUGGAAAGGAAGUGGCAAUGAUUCCAGUGGUAUUUGUAUUGGGUGUUACAGCCUUGAAAGAUUUUUUCGAAGAUAGAAGAAGAUUGGCCAGUGAUCGUAGAGUCAACAAUUCCACCUGUCGAGUUUACGUUGGGGAAGGAGGUAGAUACAUGCAGGUGGCAUGGAAGGACGUAAAGGUCGGUGACCUGGUACACCUUUCAAACAACGAAGUAGUCCCAGCAGAUCUUUUACUUCUUCGUAGCAGUGAUCCUCAGGGUUUAGCUUAUCUCGAUACCUGUAAUUUAGACGGUGAAACGAAUUUGAAACAACGACAAGUAGUUCGUGGUUUUUACGAAUUGCAGGAUACAUUUCAACCUGCUAAAUUUCGUUCUAUGGUAGAAGUUGAUCAACCUAGUACUAGGAUAUACAGAUUUCAUGGUGCUGUCGUUCAUCCAAAUGGUGGCAGAGUACCAGUUUCAACGGAGAAUUUAUUACUCAGGGAAUGUUUAUUAAAAAAUACGGAUUUUAUCGAAGGUAUUGUGGUCUAUGCUGGACAUGAGACCAAAGCAAUGCUAAAUAAUGGUGGGCCUAGAUACAAACGUUCUCGUUUGGAAAAAAGGAUGAACUGCGACAUCAUUUGGUGCGUGGCAAUCCUGUUAAUACUUUGCGUGAUUGGUGCAAUUGGUUGUCGAUUAUGGUUGUCAUCAUUUUCAUCGAAACUUUUUAUCCCUUUUCUUCCCCUGUUACAAGAACCCAAUAUCGAGGGUAUGAUAACAUUUUGUACGUUUGUUAUAAUACUUCAAGUUAUGAUACCUCUGAGUUUGUACGUAACCAUCGAGAUGGCCAAAGUCGGACAGAUUUAUCAUAUCGGACGCGACAACUUUUUGUACGACAAGGAAACCGAUCGGAGAGCUGAAUGCCGUGCCUUGAAUAUCACCGAAGAGUUGGGUCAAGUUCAAUAUAUAUUUUCGGACAAGACUGGUACAUUAACGGAGAACAAGAUGUUGUUCAGAAAGUGUGCGGUUGGUGGGCAAGAUUAUGCUCAUGAAGGGGACGGUGAAAAUAUGAUGCCUUGUCCAAGAUUAAAAGAGGAUUUACUCAUUGGUACUUUUAGGCAUCGUUUGCAAGAGUUCCUUAUUGUAUUGGCAACUUGCAACACCGUUGUGGUUAAUUCACAACCACAUCAUGAUAUUAUGAACUCAAGUGGUAUUAUAGAGAAACCACAAAAAAAUGGAAGCGGACCAACUAGGUACGAGAGAUUAUCCGAGUCUAGAAGUGUGACACCUUCGCCAUCGCCAUCGAUACCACCCUUGCCAGUAUCAUCAACACCACCCCCAAGUAUUGCGGAAGACAACAACCCUUCACCGAUCUCAUCGAUCAUCGAUUCAGCGGCUGUUCUUAACGAUACACCUAAAUUAAAAACUAAAGUAACUAGGCCAAAGUUGUUGAACAUAAGUUCGAUACCGAGUAUAGGUUUGGGUUUGUUGUCGAGAAGACAAUCACCAAACGGUGGACAGAAAAGGCGUAAUAUAUUGAGUCCAAUCUUUGAUAUGAGUGGAAGGUCUGUUGAACAACUGACACCAACACCGGCUAUCUACGAAGCUGAAAGUCCUGACGAGUUGGCUUUGGUUAACGCUGCUAGAGCUUACGAUGUCAAACUUCUCAAACGUACACCUCGUAAUGCUAUUAUUUCACUGCCAGACAAAUCUAUUCUCACUUACGAGAUUUUAUAUGUUCUGCCUUUUGACUCCAGCAGAAAGUGUAUGUCAGUUGUAGUACGUCAUCCGUUAACCAGUGAAAUUAUUUUGUACAGCAAAGGAGCCGAUACAACGGUGUUAGCGUCGUUGAUAUCGAGUGACGAAAAUUCAAUGACGUCGGCUAAAAUUAGACAGCAAUUAAAUUCGUACGCUCGUCAAGGUCUUCGUACAUUGGUCAUGGCAAGAAGAUCGUUGACUCAACAGGAAUACGAAACUUGGCGUAAAAAACAUUUGGAAGCCGAAUUGGCAACCGAAAAUCGCGAACGUCGUAUUCGAGAUUCUUACGCGAGCUUGGAAAAUCAUAUGACGUUACUUGGAGCAACUGGGAUCGAAGAUAAAUUGCAAUCAGGUGUUCCAGAAACUAUCGCUGCUUUGGUCAACGCUGGAAUCGUUCUUUGGGUUCUAACAGGUGAUAAACCAGAAACAGCAGUAAACGUUGCUUACUCGGCUCGUUUAUUUUCGCCAGCUAUGCAACUGUUGCAAUUGCAAACGAGAUCUAAAUCGGUCGCGGAAACUUUGAUUCACGGAUAUUUGGAAUCAGCUAAAAAGGAUAAUGUUUUAAGUGGAGGAGUUCAUAAUCGUACCGAGGAUGGUAUAAUGAUGUACGGAUACGAAGUUGCAGAAAGGGAUGCACAUAUGAUAGGUAGUCCAUGGCCAAGGAAACGUGCACUAGUAGUUGAUGGCAAAACGUUGACCGUCAUACUUGACCCAAGAUCUGGUUUAACUGGUCCGUUCCUUGAAUUAACAAGAACCUGUUCCAGUGUACUCGCUUGUCGAGCUACGCCUCUUCAAAAGGCUUAUAUAGUGCGUAUAGUGAAGGAACAACUAGGAAUGAGAACAUUGGCUAUCGGUGAUGGUGCUAAUGACGUGAGCAUGAUACAAACAGCCGAUGUUGGUGUUGGUAUCUCUGGUCAGGAAGGUACACAAGCUGUCAUGGCUGCUGAUUUCGCUAUUUGCAAAUUUUCCAUGCUCAAUAGACUUUUACUCUUGCACGGGCAUUGGUGUUACGAUAGAUUGUCGAGAAUGAUAUUGUAUUUUUUUUAUAAAAAUGCUACUUUCGUAUUUCUCAUCUUCUGGUUUCAGUUUUACUGCGGUUUCUCUGGCGCUGUAAUGAUAGAUCAAAUUUAUCUGAUGCUAUACAACCUGUUGUUCACAUCGCUACCUCCACUUGUAUUAGGUGUAUACGAUCGUAUAACCACACCAGAUGUUUUACUUUCUAAUCCAGAACUUUAUAAAAGGGGAAGACUGGGUUUAGUUUAUCGACCUUUUUCCUUUUGGAUCACCAUGGCCGAUGCCUUUUACGAGAGUAUCGUCAUAUUUUUUAUCAUCUUCUUGACUUAUUACGAUUCGACCAUCGAUAUUUGGGAAUUUGGAACAACCAUAACUACGGCAUGCAUUUUUUCAAUGCUUUUACAUGCAUCUAUCGAAACGAGAUCAUGGACGAUAAUUCACGUGGUUGCUAUAAUGGGAUCACUUUUCACCUUUAUGGGAUUCUGUUUAAUAUACAAUGCAGUUUGUGUAAAUUGCAUGGGAUUACCAGGUUCAUAUUGGGUUAUGGAAAUGGCAAUGACAAGGCAUACUUAUUGGCUUUCUGUGAUAUUAACAUCAGUUCUAACUGCAUUACCGAGAUUGACGUACAAAAGUGCAAGAUCGACAUUGGUACCUGAUAUGAUACAACGUGCAACUGUUGCGGUUUCGAAAACUCAGGGACGUCGACAGCGAAUCGCUGGAAGAGCCAAUUCCAGUUUUAUAACAGGUUGGUCACGUUCGAGUCAACAAAACACUACCAGACCAAGAAGUUACGGGAAUCCAAACGAAGCAUUGACAACCAUCGUUGCGUGACAGCACAUUACAAAUGGAACCAAGAAGACGAAGACUGCUUAUCGCCUUAGGUCGAUAAUACUGCCAAGACCUAGAUUUUUCUUAAUUAUCAUCGACGUUGAUUUUUCAAAAUGGCGACAUAUUUCAAAUAAUAACGUCGCAUCUUACGUUGUUGUAGAUUCAAAUUAACAAAUUACUUAUCUGUCGUUGCUGUCAAAACGUUUAACAGCUUUUCCUGUUGUUGUUGUUGUUGUUGUUGUUGUUGUCGUUGCUAACGCAUUUUCAAUUUUAUUUUCUUGUUUAAUUUU